AUGAGGUCAACGAGUACGGUUUUGAAGUUAGCGCUUUUUGUGACAUUUGUCGCCUGCUGGAGCGCCUCCGCACAAUCGACAAACAUAACUGUUGGCUUUCUUAUUCCUAUGUCUGAUCCAAAUAGUCUUGUUGAUGUAAAUGUUGGCCAAGACCUUCCUGGUGCGUUUGACUUUGCUGUUGACAUGGUCAACAAGUAUGUGAUGGGCAGUGAUUACCAAAUAACAUAUGAAUGGAAGGAUACAUACUAUGAAACUAAUAUGGCCUUGAUGAAGAUAGGUGAUUGGUGGAAAGCUAAAUACCCUGCUAUAGUAGGACCUGGCACUUCAUGUAGUUAUGAAGCUAGAUUUGCCUCAUCUCUAAAUAUCCCAUUGAUUGAUUAUCUUUGUGAAGAUGAAUCUGUGGAAGACAAAGAUAUUUUCACAACUUACCUGAGAUACAAUCCUCCCGGAAAAGAUCUAGCUUACGUUAUUGUCAAGUUGAUGGAAUCGUAUGGAUGGCAGCGAUGUUCAGUUAUCAACUCAGAUGCACCAGCUUAUCAAAGUGUAGCAAACACUCUUUUUCGUUUAUUUGAUGAACAUGGUAUUGAAGUCACAAAUAAACGCAGCUUCCCAGGAGAUUUUGAUCCUGAUAAACAUAACGUUGAUUUCAGGGCUAUAAAUCUGGACUGGAAUAUAAUGCUGAAUGCCAUUGCUCAGACUACAAGAAUCUAUGUGUUCAUCGGUACCGUGUUACAAAGUCGUGAUUUCAUGAUAACUUUGAAAAAGAGAGGUCUGUUGGCAGAUGGUUUGGUUCAAGAUGGUACCUCGAUGGUUAUUUCAACAUCAAUGGAACAUAAAUUUUGGGGACUCGCACAGUACGCCAAAGGUUCCUAUACUGAUGCAGAAGAUGAUACUGCAUUUAAAGCCAUGAAGAACCUCAUUAUUGUUGAGAGUCAAAUACCAUCUGGUGAUGUUUCUUAUUACAAUGGAUUUGUAGAUGCAUACUUGCAUCGAAGUGAAACCAAGUUUGGCACUUUGCCAUACGGGUCUAGGAACUCAUUGCGUGGAUUUUAUCUCUUUGAUGCAAUGUGGCAGGUUGGUAAUGCAAUAAACCGAACUAUUGAGAAUGGGGAAGACUUGUAUGAUGGCAAGACUUUUAUCUCUCAUUUGAUGGGUGAAAAAUUUUCUGGCCUUGCUACUGCACUUGGACUACAAUGGAGUCGAUACACAGAUGAACAUGGUGUCACCCAUAGUGAUAUUGAUGUAAAAUCCUGGAGAUUAUACGAUUCAUUUCACCAUUUGCUAUUUGGAAGAAACUAUGAAGAAGUUAUUACUGUAGGUGUUGAUAUGGCCAUGCUGCCAGCUAUGCGGUAUACAUUAGAUCCUGAAACUGGUGAUUGGAUUAUUGAUGAGACUGCUUUGGAAUUGGGUAUCACAUGGCCAACUUCCAAUGGGGAACCCCCGUUAGAUAUGCCAACUUGUGGAUUCUUUAAUGAACAUUGUCCAGACGUAGUUACUCCAGCUGCAUCCGCGGGCAGUGUUGUGUUUGUGCUAUGUGUUACUCUCAUCAUUGUCUAUUUUUAUAGCUCAGUAUUUCAUAUGACAAAAUUAAAUAUAGCUUGUUAUACUUUCUUUUUUAGACGGCAUAAAUAUGAGGCCGAAUUGGAUAGUCUUGUUUGGAAAAUUGAUUUUGAAGAAGUAAAAUUACGUGGUGGACAAACCACAUCAAGGGGUGGCAUCUCUAUAAAAAGUAUGAUGAUGAGUACUUUAUCUAUUAUCACCAACCAAGAACAACAGCAAAUCUUUGCUAAGACUGGAACCUAUCGUGACCUCACCUGUGCCAUUAAACCCAUCAACAAACAUCAUAUUGAUUUAACAAGAAGUAUACGACAAGAGUUGAAAAUGAUGCGUGAUAUGCGUCAUGACAACAUCGCAAAAUUCAUUGGUGCGUCUGUUGACCGACCUCAUAUUUGCAUACUGAUGGAAUACUGUGCAAAGGGUAGUUUACAGGACAUCUUAGAAAAUGAUAGCAUUCAGUUAGACAAUUUGUUUAAGGCAUCUUUUAUUGCUGAUCUGAUGAAAGGAAUGGUCUAUAUACAUAGCAGUGAAAUACGAUCACAUGGCAACCUGAAAUCAUCUAACUGUGUUGUCAACAAUCGAUGGAUGUUGAAGAUUACUGAUUAUGGACUACAUGAGAUCAAGAAGGGACAACUAGAAGAAGAUGCCGGAGAGUAUGCGUAUUAUUCCAAUCUGCUGUGGCGUGCUCCUGAACACCUUCGUGAAGGCAAGGCAAUGACACUGGGUGGAUCGUUAAAAGGAGAUGUCUAUUCAUUUGCCAUGAUAUUACAAGAAAUCUACACACGUGCACAACCUUUUCAUAUGAAUGACGAAGAACCUAAGGGUAUUGUUGAGAAAUUGAUUAUUGGUGGUAACCCACCUUAUCGUCCAGAUAUUAGUGACAUAACUGAAGAUGUAGCACCAAAAUGCAUCAUAGAAGCAAUGCAAGUCUGCUGGGCUGAAGAUCCACUAGACAGACCGAGUUUUCUGAAAAUUAAAGAAAUGCUACAUCCAUUGCAGAAAGGAUUGAAACCAAAUAUCAUGGAUAACAUGAUAGCCAUCAUGGAAAGAUAUUCUAACCAGUUAGAAGAAAUUGUCGAUGAGAAAACCUCAGAAUUAAGACAUGAGAAGACUAAAGUUAAAUCACUGCUGCUUCGUUUAUUACCUCAAUCCAUUGCAUCACAGUUGAUAAAAGGUGUUUCUGUACUGCCUCAAUCUUACGACAUGGUUUCCCUAUUUUUUUCUGAUAUAUGUGGCUUCACUGCUCUCUCAGCUGCUAGCACACCAAUACAGGUUGUUAAUAUGCUGAAUGACAUGUACACCGCAUUUGAUGCUAUCAUUUCCAAUUAUGACGUCUAUAAGGUUGAAACCAUUGGUGAUGCUUAUAUGCUUGUGUCAGGUUUACCUCUCAAGAAUGGAAUCAACCAUGCUGGUCAGAUUGCAUCCACUGCAUGGCAUCUUCUGGGCAAUAUCCAAAGUUUCAAAGUUCGCCACAUGCCAGAUAAAGUAUUGGAAAUGCGUAUUGGAAUUCAUUCAGGUCCUUGUGUAGCUGGUGUUGUUGGUGACACUAUGCCCCGAUAUUGUCUGUUUGGUGACACGGUUCAGACUGGUGCCCGUUACGAAUCUAAUGGCAAGCCUAUGAAAGUUCAUGUGAGUCCUGAAUGCAAGAAAGUGUUAGAUCAGAUUGGUGGUUAUGAUAUUGAAGAAAGAGGCUUGGUUGACAUGGGGGGAAAGGUAGGUGAGGUAACAACUUACUGGAUGAAUGGACAAGAUCCCAGUUACAAGAUUGAGAAGGCCGCACUUCCAGAACAAAAGACAAAUGAAUGA